AUGGAGUCUCUGAUGUAUGGAACUGAAAAGGGUUACCUCGUUCCUCCUGAGGUCAAGGUAUUUUCUCUCAGUACCGGUUCUUGGAAACCCAUAAGCUCUAAUGUUCCACCCUAUAAUAUGUUGGAUUAUUGUUGGUCUUCUGUUUUCGUGAAUGGGGGGAUUCAUUGGCUGGGGUAUUCUCAUAGAAAGGACCGGGACCAGAGUUAUUGCAAUUUGAUAAUGGGGUUUAAUGUGGGUGAUGAGAUUUUUAAGGAUAUGAAUUUGCCCAAGUUGUUGGUCGAUGCGAACCCUUUCAAUUUAUCGAUUUCGGUUUGUGGCGAAAUGAUAACAGUGUUUCAAUAUGACAAUAGGCUGAAGAGUAAAAGAUGUUCUGUGUGGAUUAUGAAGGAGUAUGGUGUGGUGGAGUCUUGGAGCAAGCAAUUCACUAUUGAGAUUCUCUUGGAUUUAGGACGAAUGGUGAGCUGUUGA